GGCCAUAAAUAGAAGCCGGAGGGCUAUGGUCAGAGAGUAAAAGGAUCAAAGUUUAGUGGUUGCAAGGCCAUGUUUCUUUUACGAUAUGCUGUGAACCGGUUCGUCAUAUCGUCGUCGAGGAUGAUACAUAACUAUCCCUGUGAUGAGAAGUGCCUGAAAAAUGAUCCUUGGUUCAGAAGACUAAGUAAAGAUCAGUUGAAAGUUGUUCUACCGAUGGUUGAGACUGGAAGUAGUGCUGAAUCAAUUGUUAAAUAUGCAGAAGAAAAUUUCGAAAAGACAAUAACAGUGCAUUAUGUCAAUAAUUUAAAAUAUAAAUUUGUCGAACGUUGUGGAAGUUUAAACGAUGUAAUUGCAACCUUAAGGAACAGUGGAAAAUUGUUCGUCUCUUAUGGGGGUGUUGCUAACCAGCUCACAAAGAUAGCAUUUAGCACACACUAGCAAAUUGUAACGCACAAACAGUUCCCUGAAGUUGUGUGUUUGGAUUCAACAUACAACACGAACAGGGGAAAUUACAAACUCUUUCAGCUGGUUUGUACAGAUAACUGUGGGCAUGGAGUCCCAGUUAUGCUUGCUUGGACCAAGGAAGAGAAGAAGGCUGAUGUAGUGUGGAUACUGGAUCAUUUUAAAAAGAUUAUGAAUGGAACCAGUCAAACGGAAACGUUUGUGGUGGAUUGUGCAAGACCCAUCAUAUCGGCUGUUGAAUUAACGCACCGUACUGCUCACAUAGCUCUAUGCUCCUUCCACGUGUGUAGAGCUAUGUAUAAGAAGACCCGCAAUCCAAUAAUCAAGCAGUACUUAUGUCAACUGGUGCGUGAACAAACAGUAGCUAAGUUUAAUCAGACACGUCGCAUAAUCAGUGUACGCAGCAGACGCAUCGCAGCCUACUUAAACAAGAACUGGAUGAGUAGGAAAGAAACUUGUGCCGCAGCUUUCAAUAGCAAUGUCGUUACAUUGGGUAACAGCACGAACAACCGGGUUGAAAGUGCGCACAGACAACUGAAGAGAAAGUUGUCUAACCGAGACGCGUUGAGUAAAUGUAUGUGGAAGACAUCUACAUGGCAGAGGCAAUUAGGCAAACGUAGGUCAGUACAAUCCAGCUUACACUGUAGUCACAAACGCAGAUACGUAGCUGAAGAUUGCUUAAUGCCUCUACUAAGCAAGCUAACCACCUAUGCUGGCUUUAUAGUCCUUAAAGACUAUAAAAAAGGGGACUGAUGUACAUCGAAAAUAGCCAGUCACCCUUUGUGUUCUUCGUAGAUGGCCAUCAAUGUCCGGUAGUGGAUAUAAGCAACGGCACUUGCACCUGCCGUUUAUUUAAAACCUGUCGAAUUUCAUGUAAGCACAUGGUUUUUACUCAUCUACAAAUGCCAGAGUUCACAGCUGAUUUAGUUUUGAAGCUCUGUUGCAGAUGGACUUGGCAGGCUGUCCAAGGUGUAGAUGGAAAUAUACCAGCUAUUCCGUCUCCAGAUUAUAAUGAAACGAGCAGACUUUAUCGCACUCUACGCAGUAAAAUCCACACGCUCAGUACACUUUUCGGACAGACGACGGUGCAGAACAUACUAAGGCAAUUGAUAGAUCAAGUUGAUGAAUUAAUACGCAUGAGGCGUCUGGCUACAGUUUCCGAACAUGAUAAUCAAUGAACACAAAUCUCGUCAUGUGCGUCUGCUGCGUUGCCAGUUUUUGUUAAUACCUUAUUAAAUAAAAGUCUUGUAUUCAC